UACUCCAUCACCAUUCUUCAUCAUGGCACUCUGCAUGUGCUGAUUCAAGCACUUCAACUCUCAUUUCCACUAGUGCAUCCCAAGUACUUCAGUGACAGGGGCGGACUGACCAUUUGGAAACUCGGGCACUGCCUGAGGGCCCGGGGUCAGUAAGGGGCCCCAUGAGAUGCCCCUGGUACCUUUUUCAUAGGCUUUUUUGAGUUUGGGCAAAGACACAGGGGCCCCAUGAUCCCCUAUUGAGGGCCCAGGGGGCCCCAUGAGUUGUCAGUCCG